UUGGGCCCUUCUAUUUGGGUUGGCCCAUCCUUCUUUAAUCCGACGUAUCGUAAUCGUGAAUGGGACCGUUACUUCUUCCCCAUUUUAUCCAUUCCCGCUCUCCAUCUCUCAUCACUACGAACAUGCGCUGAAUCAGCAGAACUAGAAGAGCCAUGAAAAAUCUAGAGUUUCGAUCACGAUCUCCUCCUCUACGAGAAACCCUACCUCCCUCGUUCCUCUUUAUUGCCACUCAUUUUAGACCAAAAUCCUACGUAUCCUUCUCUCGAUUUCCUCGUCGCCUGCCUAAGAUCCCUAAAAAGUCAAACACCAAUUCGCCUCAAAAUCUCAAUCUUCGAAGACUGACCUCUCGCAUUGUCGAUCUCACGCGCAGGAAGCAGCUAAAGCAGGUAUUUGAGGAAGUUGAGACUGCAAAGAGAAAAUAUGGGAAGGUGAACAGGAUUGUGAUGAAUGCUGUUAUGCAGGCUUGUAUACGGUGCAAGGAUUUGGAUUCGGCAUGGAGGGUUUUCGAUGAAAUGUCGAAGCUGGAGAGUUGUGGUGUUGAUAGCGUUACGUAUGGGAUUCUACUGAAGGGUUUAGGUGAAGCUCGAAAAAUUGAUGAAGCAUUCCAAAUUCUUGAAUCUGUUGAACAAGGUGUUGCUGCUGGAAAUCCGAAGUUGUCACCUAAACUCAUAUAUGGUCUGCUGAAUGCUUUGCUAGAGGCUGGGGAUAUGCGUCGUGCCAAUGGUCUUGUUGCACGUUAUCGACUAGUGCUGCAUGAAGAUACUCACUCGGUCUUGCUGUACAACUUAUUAAUGAAGGGGUAUACAAACACAGAUUUCCCUCUUGGUGCUUUAACUGUCCGGGAUGAAAUAAUGCGCCAGGGAUUGAAGCCUGACAAAUUAACCUAUAACACACUUAUCUUUGCAUGCGUGAAAUCUGGAAAAACAGAUGCAGCAAUUCAGUUUCUUGCUGAAAUGAAGGAGGAAGCUUUGAAGACCAACUGCAGUGUCCUUCCAGAUGCUGUCACUUACACCACUUUACUUAAGGGUCUAGGGAAUGAAAAAGACCUGUUUACUAUUCAGAAAAUUGUGGUUGAGAUGAAAUCACAGCCUGACCUGUUUAUUGAUCGGACUGCAUAUACAGCGAUGGCAGAUGCUUUUCUUGCUUGUGGAUCCAUCAGAGGAGCACUUUGCAUAUUUGGUGAGAUGAUAAAGCAAGCCGGAAGAAAUAAGAAUCUGAUGCCAAAGCCUCAUCUUUAUCUUUCUAUGAUGCGGGUAUUUGCUGCUAUGGGGGAUUUUGAUUUGGCAAGAAAGCUACAUGUACACAUGUGGUCAGGUUCUGUUGGAUCAAUUUCUCCUUCAGCAAGACUAGAGGCUGAUGAGCUUCUCAUGGAAGCAGCAUUAAACGGUGAUCAGAUUGAUGUUGCUAGACAAAUACUUUCUAAUACUAUUGCAAAACAAGAUGACUUUACAUGGACAACCCGAGGAGGCAUGGUUGCUAUACGAUUAGAGGCUAUGUCAGGAUAUGCUAGUUCCUUGUUUGCCCCUUACAUUCUCACUCAGGUUUCUUUAGCUGACCCAGUUGACAAAUAUAUGCUUGCAUUUGAAGAAGCUUUACCAUUACCUGCUAACUCGCUCUUGAAGGAAGUUGUGUUGCGGUUUGUGAAGGACUCUGUUGUUCCUGUUAUAGACGACUGGGGUAGCUGUGUUGGAAUUGUGCAUCGUGAUGACUGUAAAGAGCUGGAUGCACCUCUUUCAUCGUUGAUGAGGGGACCGCCACCUUGUGUUACCACAUCUACAUCAAUUGGCCGAGUAAUUGAUCUGAUCCUCGACAAGAAAUACCAAAUGGUGGUGGUUGUUAAAAAUAGCAAUGUAUAUGAAACCAGUUACAGCUCGAGUGCGAGGCCUGUUGGCGUCUUUACACGGGAAAAGAUUUUGGAGCUUACAGUUGCAUCGUAAGUGAAACCUGUAGUUUGUACGACUCAAGCAACGCAAAGAUCUUCGGUUGGGUUUGACUAAAGAGGUUUAGUUUUAGCGUCCUGGAAAUGCAGGCAAAGUUCCUUUUGACAUUGCUGCAACCUUUUGUUGUAAAUCUUUUUAGAGCUUACCUUUAUUUUGCCUUUUAAAAAUUAGGUGGUUAGAAGAUUGAGUUCCUUAGUAUUGCUGUAAAACAUAUUUAUAAUAUAAUCCAAUUGUAUCCUACAUUA